CGCAGAGCAGUUGCAGAAAUCAGAUAAGCGCUGCUGGCAGGCAGCUUCCAGGAGAUGCACCUCCUGAUGGACAGGGAAGUUGUGCAACUCCAGGAGGGCAUCACCCAGCCGUGGGCUGGCGGCGGCGACGGCGCUUGCCGUAAGACACCAGGGUGGCACCUCAGCAGAGGAGAAACCCACGGAUGGUGGUGGCAGUGGCUUCCUGACUCGGAGGACGGGUCCCGGGUUGCCCCACGGUGCGGCUGGGAGCUGGCAUGGACUGUGAUGACACCAUCACCACCGAGGUCUGCAAGGAAGAUGACGUUGGGGAUGGAGAGAGCAUCUUGUCGGCUCUCCACCUCUCCUGCAGACUCUUGGAGGUGAUGGUUGCCGGCUACCCGGUGCUGCUGGUGAGGAACAGGAAGCAGUUCAGUGCCCUGGGCAGCAAGUGUCCCCAUUACGGCGCCCCGCUCAGCAAAGGAGUGUUGAGAGGGGAGAGGCUGCGCUGCCCCUGGCACGGCGCCUGCUUUAACAUCAAGACUGGGGACAUCGAGGAGUACCCUUCUCUGGACUGUAUUCCCUGCUUUAAGGUAUCAGUGGAAGAUGGAAAAGUGUUUGUUACAGCAAAAAAGAAGGAUCUUGAAAGCAGCCGCAGGGUGAAGGACGCAAGCAAGCGAUGCCUUCUCAGCCAGCACACGGUGCUGCUUCUGGGGGGAGGUGCGGCUGCCCUGGUGUGCGCAGAGACACUUCGCCAAGAGGGCUUUACCGGCAGGAUCAUCAUGGCCACCAAAGAGAAACAUGUUCCGUACGAUAAGGCCAAACUGAGCAAGAACAUGAACUUGAAAGCUGAAGACAUCUACCUGAGGAAGCCUGAAUUCCUCCAUGCUCGUUGCAUAGAGCUCUGGAGAGAGAAAGAGGCAGUGUCGGUGGAUUUCCAGAAGCAGAAAGUCCAGUUCAUGGAUGGGUCCUCGCAGAAGUACAAUCAGCUGCUCAUUGCAACAGGCUGCCACUCCAGCUUCCUCAAAGUCCCAGGUGCCGACCUGCAGAACGUAUGCACUCUCCAUACCCCAGAAGAGUCUAACAAGAUCUCAGAGCUGGCAGUUGGGAAGAAUCUGGUGAUCAUAGGAGCUUCGUUCGUAGGAAUGGAGGUGGCUGCUUUCCUCUCGGACAAGGCUGGUACCGUCUCAGUGGUGGAAAGAAAGGAAUUUCCUUUCCAGAAAGUACUGGGUCCUCAGGUUGGAAGCGUUGCCAUGAAGAUGCUGCAAAAUAAAGGGGUGAAGUUUUACAUGAAAACAGAACUCCGGGAGCUGAAAGGAAAAGAUGGAAAGGUCACGGAGGCUGUUCUUGCCAGUGGAGAGAAGCUAUCUGCAGACGUGGUAGUGCUGGGAAUUGGGGUGUCCCCAAACUCAACAUUUCUGAAGGGCACCUCCAUCGCCCGAGAUGACAAAGGUGCCGUCCUGGUGGACCUGCGCAUGCAAACCAACAUCCCAAACGUCUUCGCUGCGGGGGAUGUGGUCUCCUUUCCAGUGGCGCUGCUCAACGGGAAGCAGGAAAGCAUCCAUCACCAGCAGGUGGCUGAGGCACAUGGUCACAUUGCUGCCUUAAACAUGCUGAAGAGAGAGAAGCAGUUGCACACCGUCCCCUUCUUCUGGACCACCAUGCUUGGAAAAAGCAUCCGCUACGCAGGCUGUGGAGAGGGAUACACAGAUACUGUUGUGAAGGGCAGCCUGGAGCAAGAGAAGUUCCUGAUCUUUUACAUCAGGGAUGGCUUCGUGACUGCAGCUGCCAGCCUGAACUGUGACCCCUCGGUGUCUCUGAUUGCAGAAGUUUUAUACUCAGGGAGACAAAUCUCUAAAGAAGAAGCAGAGGCCUGCAACAUCUGCAAUGCACCCCCGCUGGCAGCAAGCUAAGCUCCGUACGUGCCCUGCCACGACGGGCAGGGUCAACCAAGUGUUAACAGCUUCACGUGGCACAAGAGAAAUAAAAUCCUGAGCAAAAACUGAACCCAACGCCUGCGUUUUGUGUUUGCAGACAGCCUGUGGCUGCUCCUUCGGAUGCUGGGGUGAAGUGAAGCAGUGCAUUCCUCUCUUUUCUGGACAGGGAUCCACCAGGCUGGGUGGAAGGAAGAUGCCCGUGUCCUGGAGCUCAGCUGCAGGGCUGAGCUGGCAGAAGCAGCCACACGUUCGCAGCUCCACCAUCCCCUGCUGCUCCUGUUGGCAGGGAGCUUUCAUUCGGCACACCGGUCACGCUGACCUUCUGCUUUGCAAAAGCACAUUUUCCCAGCGAGGGAAGCUGUCACCAAGGCGAGCUGCUCUCCCAGUUGGGAAUGAGACAAUCCGAGUGCAGGAACUCAUAUGAAACACCCUACCCCUAAGGAUGGAGGGCUGCCACCCGACCUCUGAGCGAGCAGCGCCCGCUGACAUCGCUACAGCCGCCUCGAAUACUGCACUAGCGAGUGCUUCCCACCCCCGUGACAGCAGCCAGCCUCCAGGAGAAAGAUCCCAGCUCCAGUCCAUGCCCCUCUCCUGCAGCAUCCCUGCAUGCUGGCUGCUUUGAGGAGGUGGCCAGAAGCUGUGGGAAACACAGGCGCGACACUAGAGUUUUCACAAGGCAAGAGCGAGCAAGGCUGUGUUUCUGCAGGAAGCGCUGCACUUACUCACCGGUCACAUGGGGUUUUGCAGGAGGAAGGGUAAGCCCCCGAGCUGGGUGAGCUCCUGCAGGGACACUUACUUUGUCAGCCUAAAAACCUUCUGGUUUUUCAUUACACGGGCGCCAGCCAGAGCCCGAGCCUGUUGGCUCAGCAGGUGAGAUCCUGCAACGCUGGGUUUGCGUUAAACACAAACCUGCACUCUGGCA